AUGGCGUCCCAGGGCGGCAGCUCCCUCGGGCUCCUGGCCUGGCUCUUGCUUCUUCAGCCAUGGCUCGACGAGGCCCGGGCGGGCAGGGCGGGUGCGCAGGGAGGUGUAGCACUGUUCUUCCCCUCCGCUCUCCCCUCAGGGCCAGGCGGCCAGGACUCCGGAGCGAGCGGAUGGGAGCCGCCACCUGUAGGGGCUCCAGGAUCCCAAGCGGCCGGUCAGUCCAGACGGAAGACAGUGACCCCCGCUCCGGUGUUAUUUCCCUCAGCCUGCGGCAAGCGGUUUGCAAGGAUAAUUGGAGGAUUGAGGAGCCCAGAUAGGAAGUGGCCCUGGCAGGUGAGCCUGCAGACCACCAGCAACAGACACAUCUGCGGAGGCUCCCUUAUUGCCAGGCGCUGGGUGCUUACUGCCGCCCACUGCAUUUCUGGUCAUCUGGAAUACAGAGUGAAGCUGGGAGACACAAAUGUGCAUCAUCGCUCCAAAACAGCACUUGUAGUCCCAGUUCGUGACAUCGUUAUCCACCGAUAUUUUACGUCUUCUGGGAUAAUUGAAAAUGACAUUGCCCUUGCUCUGCUUCACUUCCCUGUGAAUUACUCCUCGCACAUCCAGCCUGUGUGCCUCCCUGAACAGGCUUUCAUGGUACAAGCUGAUACGAAGUGCUGGGUGACAGGAUGGGGCAAAGUGAAUGAAACAGAUUCAUCAAAAAAGAUAGUAACUGAGCUUCAGGAGGCUGAACUAAGCAUUAUGCUUCAUGAGAAAUGUAAUAAGGUAUUCAAGGAAAAGAUGAGAAUUAGGAAUGAAAUGGUCAAGAAGGGGACCGUCUGUGGCUAUAAUGACCAAGGGAAGGAUUCCUGUCAGGGAGAUUCUGGGGGGCCCCUGGUCUGUGAAUUAAAUGGCACAUGGUUCCAGGUGGGGAUUGUGAGCUGGGGCAUUGGCUGCAGUAACAAAGGAUACCCUGGAGUUUACACAGAAGUUAGUUUCUACAAGAAAUGGAUUAUUCAUCACUUGAGACAAGCUUCCUGUCUGAAUUCAGCAGACUCCCUCAUCCUAGUCCUGUGUCUGAUGAUGCCCCUGGGCAUCCUGGUGACCCCGUGA